GUAUUAUAUAAUUGAACUAUUUAAAUAUAAGUCCUUUUAAGUAACACCGGACCCUAGACUUCGAUUUAAAAUAAUAUUAUUGUUCCUGACCUCAAAUACUUUAACAGUGGAGGACCAACUUAGCUAACAAUGCCGGACUGGACCUUAGUAGGAGCUAUACUGCUUCCAAAUGCAGGCGGAUGGGCUAGCACCCUUACAAUGAUGGGCCAAGUGAAACAGCCUGAUAACAAGGCUUGGUACCAGACCAUUAAGAAACCCAGUUGGAACCCACCCAAUUGGGUUUUUGGUCCGGCAUGGACUGUUCUGUAUACCGGCAUGGGCUAUGCUUCUUAUAUGAUAUAUAAGGAUUGUGGUGGGUUUACUAAUGAAUCCGUGCUGCCACUUGCUCUAUAUGGUGGACAGUUGGUACUAAAUUGGACGUGGACACCCGUCUUCUUCAGAUUCCACAGAAUUGGACUGGCCCUUCUCCACAUAGGCGCAAUAGACGUUGCAGCUACAGUAUGCGCAAUAAGUUUCGCUAGCGUCAACUCGCACGCUGCAUACUUGAUGGUGCCGUAUUUGGCGUGGCUGGGAUUCGCCACAUGUCUUAAUUACAAGAUUUGGACGCUUAAUAAAGACGAGAAUGGUGACGAGGGGAAGGUAAAGAAGUAGGGGCGGAUAGGACGAAAUAGAGCAUAGGGAUCACAUAUGUGCUGAAAAUUAAUUGCAAUUAGUUUUUUAAGUUUAUUAAAUGUCACGAUGUUUGACCAUCAGAUAUUCAAUUAUUUUUAUGAAAUUACUCCACUAGUUUCUAAUAAUUAUUAAGAAAAGAAUAAAUUAAAACUUAGUACUGCAGUCUUAUGUUUGUUUAGGAUUUUUCAUCAUAGGAAAUACUGUAACUAUAGGGAAAAAAUAGGGUGGUUUGCAUUAAUAUUAGACAUAACUAGUUGAUGACUUUACCACCUCAGUCAGCCGUGACCAUGGGACCUGUAAAGAGCUCGAAACGUCGUUUUGUAUGA